CUUUGUUCUUAUGUAUUCGAAUAAGAGUAUACCGACACCGCCACAGUUGGACUGUGGGGCAAAAGGGGUGAGCCACAAAUGAGGGGGCGGCAGUUCAGCCACACCGCAGUCAUUCUCUCCGCCGAUAAUAAUUAUAAUUAUUAUUUUGACUCACGCGCCUCUCUUUUGUGUUCCUUUUCUCCCUUGAUCACGGUCAAUAGAGGGAUAAAUCCAGUCUCGCCAUGGCUGAAAACGUUGCGGAUGCGGUGGCGAAGCUCCACCUGGACGAGGAGACCGGGGAGAUGGUCUCCAAGAACGAGUUGAAGAAGCGAAUGCAGAAAAGAGCAAAGAAGGCUGCAAGUGCACAGCGCGCCCAGGAAAAUGAAGGCAAGCCGAAGAAGGAGGCCGCUCCUGCAAAGGAGAAACCGAAGCCCAAGGCCAGUGAGCCCGCGAUCGAUCCGGACGCCAUGUUCAAGCAGGGCUUCCUCGCCGAAGUCUACAAAGAGCGGCCUUCAGAGCAUGUUGUAACGCGUUUCCCACCCGAGCCGAACGGAUAUCUUCAUUUGGGACAUGCAAAGGCGAUUGCGGUCAAUUUUGGAUUUGCUAGGUAUCAUGGGGGCAAAACGUUUCUUAGAUUUGACGACACGAAUCCGGACGCUGAGGAGGCAGAAUACUUUCAAGCAAUCGAGGAUAUCGUUCGCUGGCUAGGGUUCACCCCUCACGCGAUCACCUACUCGAGCGACAACUUCCAGAAACUCUACGAUUUGGCUGAGAAGCUGAUCCAACUGGAAAAGGCAUAUGUAUGCCAUUGCAACGAAACUGAGAUCAAACUGCAGCGUGGUGGUGAAGCUGGCUCCUCGCCGAGAUAUCGCUGCGCGCAUGCAGAACAGGAUGUGGAGACCAACCUUCAGAAGUUCCGUGAUAUGCGUGAUGGCAAGUACGAGCCUCAGACUGCUUUCCUGCGUAUGAAGCAGGAUAUCACCAACGGAAACCCUCAGAUGUGGGAUCUCGCGGCGUAUCGAAUCCCGAAGGACCAGAGGCCUCACUUCCGGACGGGAACCCAGUGGAAGAUCUAUCCUACAUACGACUUCACGCACUGUCUGUGCGAUAGCUUCGAGGGUAUCACUCAUAGUUUGUGUACUACUGAGUUCGUGUUGUCUAGGGAAAGCUACGAUUGGCUAGUGAAGUCACUGGGUGUAUACGAGCCGAUGCAGCGCGAAUACGGCCGUCUGAAUGUCACGGGGACAAUCAUGAGCAAGAGAGGUCUCAAAAAGCUGGUAGACGCAGGUAUCGUUCGUGGUUGGGAUGAUCCGCGUCUGUACACAUUGAUCGCCAUCCGCCGUCGUGGUGUGCCGCCGGGUGCAAUCCUGUCUUUCAUCAACGAACUCGGUGUCACGACAUCCCAGAGUAUCAUCCAGAUCGCACGCUUCGAACAGUCUAUCCGUCGUUAUCUAGAAACCUCAGUUCCGCGCCUCCAGCUUGUCCUUGACCCUGUUGCAGUGGUCAUCGAAGACAUCGGAGAUCUCGAGGGACAGGAAGUCAACGUCCCCUUCUCGCCGAAGAACCCCGAAAUGGGCUCCUACAAGGUGCGCCUCACCAAGACAGUAUACAUCGAGCGGUCCGACUUCCGCGAGGUGGACUCUCCAGACUACUUCCGUCUUGCGCCAGGUAAGACGGUUGGUCUGCUGCAGGCUCCUCACCCUAUCAAGGCUGUGUCCUUCACCAAGGACGAAGCCACGGGACAGGUCAAGGAGAUCAAGGCGGUAUUCGACAAGGAAGGCAAGAAGCCCAAGGCCUUCAUCCACUGGGUUCCCGAUGGCUCUCGAAAAGUCACUGUCCGUAUUCACGAGCGGCUUUUCAAGUCUGAUGACCCCAGUGCCGUCGAGGGAGGUUUCCUCAACGACAUCAAUCCUGACAGCGAGAAAGUCUACCCUAACGCCUUGGUGGAUGCUGGUUUCGAGGAAGUGCGCCGCCAGGCUCCAUGGCCUAAGGUCGAGGGCAACAACAGCCCCGCUGGUCCGGAGAGCGUGAGAUUCCAGGGAAUGCGGGUGGCAUACUUUGCAAUGGACUCGGACAGCACUGAGGAUAAUGUCGUGCUCAACCGUAUUAUCUCCCUGAAGGAAGAUCCCGGCAAGAAAUGAACGGUUUAACUUACGAGGGGAGUAGAUGGGGAGUAUGUGGCGGUGUUUCGGGUAGAGUCUUUCUCUGAAUAUCAAAUAUUAUCAUGUUGAUAAAGCAUUUCACUGUUGUGGCUGUGAUCAUCAGUGUUCUUGAGCGGAGCGGUUUAGUAUUGCGCAAAAAGGAUAGUUAGCCGACCUUUCUGCAGGUGUUGUGCAUAUUCUAGGUAUUCGUAAAUCAUGAAACCUGUUGCAUUAUCGUUUUCUGUUAUCACUUUUGGUAAAUAGAAUCAGUAUCUAUGCUCUACAGUAUUCAUCUUACCGUUUUCUCCGAUACUCAAAUAGUGGCACCAAAUGGCCAUGUUAGAUGACUUCAUAGUCCGUGGUAAAAUGAGCACAAUGCCCUAAGCAGCAUUAACAAAAUGCAUUUUCGAGACCUGGCGAGUUAUGUCGAAGUAGCCAACUUGUCAG